AUGGAAUACUGUACCAUGUCCCAAUUGGGUGCUACCACGAAACCACGAGUCAGCCGCAAGAGCUUCCCAACUGGGAAGUGUAAUACGAUCCCUGGAGGGAAACCACUAGUUAGCCACUACGAGGAGAAAGCUAUAAAAGCAGGAACUCUCCCAGCAAUCAGAGGAAGGACACCUUCUUACCAUCAACUUAUUCUUCAGCACAUUUUUCACCAAGCACCCAGUCCAGCUAUCCACUCGUUAAUCGAGAAUAGUUCCACCCGCUUUAAGAAAAGAAGUUCUGUAAAUCCAUCAAGAAGUGUCAGCCUUAAGUGUUACUCUUGGAAGGCAAAAAGUUAUACAGUUAGAGAUUGCCGAAAGGACACGAAAACCAACCAGCUCCCGAACACCGUAGUAGGAAAGGUUCGCAAGCCAAUCCUAUCAAUCUUACCGAAGAUUCAACUAAGAACGUCACUUAAUCAGUCUAUACCUCGUACGACCACCACCUCGACUACCGAGAUAACGACUAUUGGAUUGGAGAAGAUUGGUACCACAGAUCACCCUGGUACAUUAUCUUCUUUCUUACCUACCUAUUUUAGUUUUCUGUUCUUCGGAAAAAAAUCUGACCGAGUUCGAGCUAUCGAAGAGAAACUCGGCCGACCGUCAUACUCAGAUACCUCCAAAAGAUGCAGCUCAGUCGGUCCUACCUCAGCACGACCUCAUGCAAGAAGAUCAAGCAUCAGAUCAGCUACCACCGACCAUAACCUCGGAGGAAGAGAGACUCCUCAUGUCCCUCCACGAGAAGAACUUCAUCAACUGGAGAAAGGCUCAAGAGACGAACCCGAACAAUACCAGGGCCAUCAUGAUCUAUCUCAGCUUGUGGAAGAACAGUCACAACAGCUUGACGAUGCUCCUGGGCGAGGAAGAAGUGCUGAAGAGGUCCUUGGGUUGGAACCCAUACUCCGAGGAACUCAAGUUCAAAGCGAGAACAAGUCACGGCUUCAUCGGUACGAACCCGAAAACCACGCCGGCAUCGCAACCUAUCCCAGAACCGAAACAAUCCACCUCGUCAGCAGGACCGAUCCGCAAGAAUCACCAAAAAGCCCAGAAAGAGCCAUAUCAGAAACCAGCUCACGUAGAAGAAGAACAGAACAACAUGCAGUCGAUGUUGUCCUUCAGCCGAGCCUAUUACCGAGCAAUCAAGGGGAUCAACAAGUCCCAGAAGAACAAAGGAAAGUCCCCCUUUGUACAGACCCAAGAUCAACCGGGUCCGUCCAACUAGAGCAGAAGACUUUCAUUACAACUCCUAGUCCUUUUCUCGCUUCCCGCCGCGUUGUUUAUGAAAAUAGUCAGGAUGUCUUAAGUGUACCCCUUGUCAUGAAUCCUACGCCUGCGAGCGAAACCAAUGUUCCAAUCCAAAAAGUUGUACCCCACAUAACCCCGCCGUCUGAACAGAAUGACGUUACUUCCACUCUUUUAAGUAAAAAGGUUGUGUCUCCGAAAAAUCAUGUUUUCGAAAAAGCCUGUAGUCCUGUUUCAAUGACUGAGAAGGGUAAGAUUAGCAUGCCACCCAGAAAUCCCCACCCUGAGACCGAAGAAAAUGUCAGGUUAAAACCCUUGACUAAGACUAGUAAUAUCUCAGAACAGCAAUUUUCUACAAUCGAGCACGUGAUCCCCUUUACCAAGAUCAGUGAGAGAGUUGAACCACUUAAGCAGCAAGCUCUGGACAAUAUGCUUUGUCCCCGUACAAUGAUUGAUGACUCGGUAAAGAAAACUAAAAGUAUUGAAGAAAUACUUCGAGAAACUGAGAAUGAAAUUUCGCCAUUUCUUUUAGCGGGACCAGUGGACGUUAGACCGCUAAAAAUGAACCCCUUGUCCCCGGACAAAGAACUCAGUCUUAACAACAAAUUUUCAGCGUUGAAGAUACGCAGUGAGACAACGUCACCAAAAUCACAUGUAUCAGUUCCAGAUGGAGAACUUCGUAUGCAUGAGACAAUAAAAACCUUGCAAUCUCAUAUAGCAGACAUCAGUGCAAUAGCCAUUGUACUAGACGACCAUCAAACAAACUUGACAAGUAACUUACAGCACCUACUACACUCGCAAAAAGAGCACAGCGAAGUAUUCUUCAAACAUCUGGGAGAACUGAUGUGCGUAGUGGGCGAGAAACUGGAUUCCACUAUCCAGAGGACAGAGCACAUACAACGAAAUGUGAACCGACUGAUAUCCAUGGUGGAACGGACAAACAACCAGAACGGUACAAGCACUUACUCACAUAGAGAGCACAUACCGGUGGCAAAUGAGCCAGUGAUAUUGAGCAAUAACCCAUUCGCCCAUGAGUUCCCAGCGAUGCAUCAGCCACAACAGCCGGCAGGCAGGGAACUAGAUAUCAAUAUGCCAACACAUCCAGCGCCGAACAUUUCAAAGUUGAACACAGACGAUAAGAGAUCCAACGAGUCGCUAGCGAUUAUCAUGACACAUUCAGAAAGAGCUUGGUACACAAGCAAGAGAUCCACAGAAGGACCGAGCAGCUGGGCACGCUGGAAAGUGUUGAUCAAGGCAAUGUACGGCACCAACGUAUGGAAACGUAGAAUGUCCACAGCGUUUGACAGAGACGUAUUCAAAUGGGAACACCGAGAGAAACCCCUCGCGUGGCUCCUACUACAGCGGAGACGAAUGGUAGCAGCUUGGCCGUCGCUAACAACCUCAGAACAAAUCGAUAAGAUCCUGGGUCUAUGUCAUGGCGACAUAGAACACGCUGUCCAGUCGCGGAUCACAGACCAUUCGAACUAUGAGAUGUUUAUGGCUAUCUUCGAGGAAGUAGUGACACAUACUUCCAUCGGUAAACAUAAGACAGCGUAUUCGAAAAGAUUCACGAACGAGUCGGCGUCAACCUCUAACUACAAACAGAGGGACGAUCGUAAGGAACACGGUUCCAAAGAGCCAAAAGAUAGGCCGACAGGCUUUAAACCUCGCGAGAAGCCGUUCUUCAAACGGGAGGAUGAUCGAAAACCAAGAACAAGCGAUGAUGACGAGCUGGUAGAGUAUGAUACAGAUACAGACUCUACAGACCUAGCUGAGGAAGGUAACAUAUCACUGGAGGAACUCGCGCAUAACCUACACAUAGCAGAAGCCGAGCACGUCGAAAGUAACUACCCCCCAUUUAUCGAGAAAUUCGAGAUAGACGCAAUAGAUCCUAGUUUAUUCGUAUCAAUUUCAAUUAAUGGCAUCAAAGAUUCUUUAGGACUCGACACCAGUACCCUGUCAUCGAAGAUACCAGUCUCGCACUUACGAAUUUGCUGCCCACGAUGGGAAGCAGAUAUGAGACCUGCGAAGGACUCCGAAAACGCCGGAAUUUCUAGUAGUGAAAGACAUAGUACUGAAAUAUCCAGUGCUGGGGUGCAAGGAUUUGAACGCCUUUAA